GGGGCUCGGCGGGUAGCGGCUGCCUCCCUGAGGGGAGGCAGGGGCUCGUUGCUCGCGAGGCUUCGGAGCUGCGGGUGGAGGCGUGUUCCGCGGCCCGCGUGCACGAUGAGCGGCGGCGGCGGCUCGGACGGGAACGAGGAGUUCUACCAGCAGCUGCGGCUCCAGCAGCUGUACGAGGCCCGCCGCAGCGGCGAGGGCGAGCCCGACCCCUUCACCUACGUGGACCCGGCGGAUGGGACGGCCUACGAGUGGGACCGAGAAAAGAAGGCCUGGUUCCCUAAGGUGACUGAAGACUUCCUGGCAACAUAUCAUGCUAACUAUGGCUUCGCUACAGAUAGUUUAGACAGUUCCUCUGCUUCAAAGACUGAAAGUAAGCCAGCCGUGGAUUCUAGGACAGCAGGAGCACAGCAGUCGACAAAUAAAAAAGCACCUCAACAAACAGAUUCUAAACAAAAAGGAGAAAAAAGAAAACUUGAUGCAGGAUGGUUUCAUGUUGAAGAUGACAAAAACACAAAUGUGUAUGUGACGGGUUUGCCUCCAGACAUUACAAAGGAUGAGUUUAUACAAGUUAUGUCAAAGUGUGGUAUCAUUAUGCGAGAUCCUCAGACAGAAGAACAUAAAAUUAAACUUUAUAAAGACAAGCAAGGAAAUCUUAAAGGAGAUGGCCUCUGUUGUUAUCUCAAGCGAGAAUCAGUUGAGCUUGCAUUAAGACUUCUGGAUGAGGAUGAGAUUAGAGGCUACAAAUUGCAUGUUGAAGUAGCAAAGUUUCAACUAAAGGGGGAGUAUGAUGCAAGCAAAAAGAAGAAGAAAUGCAAAGACUACAAGAAGAGGCUGUCUCAACAACAAAAACAGUUGGAUUGGAGGCCUGAGAAGAAAGAUGGUGCAGCUCGAAAGCGACAUGAGCGUGUUGUUAUCAUCAGAAACAUGUUCCAUCCAAAGGAUUUUGAGGAAGAUCCUUUAGUACUGAAUGAGAUUAGGGAAGACCUGCGGACAGAAUGUGAAAAGUUUGGAGAAGUAAAGAAGGUUCUUUUAUUUGAUCGACACCCAGAUGGUGUGGCAUCUGUUUCAUUUAAAGAACCAGAGGAAGCUGAUCUGUGCAUACAAGCUCUCAAUGGAAGGUGGUUUGGUGGUCGUCAGCUAAGUGCUGAAACAUGGGAUGGUACAACAGAUUAUCAGGUGGAAGAGACCUCAAGAGAAAGAGAGGAAAGGCUCAAGCUGUGGGGGUCAUUUUUAGGAGAGUCUGAUGUAGAGAAACAGAAAAUUGCAGCUGCUUCAAAUUCUGCAGCGAGUAGUGUGAAACUGCCUGAAGAUCGGCCUUCAAAAGAUAAUGGCACAUCUAAAGGUGAUGUGAAUGACGAAGCUCAUAAGAGAGAGGAUAAUGGUGAAGGAAUUAAUGAAGAUGGCACGGCAUCAACAGACAGCAGCCUUGCAGGCAGUGAUGAUGAAACAGAUACAUAACAUCUCUAAUAUUUUAUGAAAGCAUGCUUUUUAGGGUGAUGUUUGGAUUUCUCUUAUCCUGUGCUUCAGGGUGACUACAGACAGUGUUCAUGUGUUCAUAUGCAUAUUUGAUGUCAUCAGCUUGUGCUUUGAAAUUUUUAUUAAAAGCAGUAGUUAAUGAAGAUCUUAAAGUUCAUGUUAAUUGGCUAUUGUUCAAGCAAAAUAUCUCAAAUUGCCAAGAGCACAGUAGAACUGACCAGGCUUCUUAUGUUAUAUAUUUGCUUGUCAGUGUUUAAAUUAUAUAAAUGUGAAGUGUAUGUGAACUCCAGAGUUUGAACAAUUACACAGAAUCUAAAAACAUUUUAGUAAUAUACAAAGAUAUUAAAGUUGAUUUUAAUGUUUGCUUUAGUUUCCCUACCCUUUUGGAACUUGGUAUCUUCCUAUUAAAGUAACUGGCUUGAGCACUUUUGACAGUUUUACAGAACAGUUGUUGCAGAAAGGCCCAAUACAUUCACCCUGUACAUGCGUUGCCAUAUUAGACAUUUUAAAUAGCACGAAAUUGUUGGUCAGUCUACAAAACUGGAAAUCUUGCCAUAGCCUACACGGAACCACAGAUAUGUGAGAAGAUACUUUAAAAUCAGAAUGUUCAGUAUAGAGGGGGUCUUAUGUCCUCCUUGAAUCUUCCAUUGAUGUAAACAAGUUGUGAGUAUUUGGAGGAGAUUAGCACCCAUAAGCUCUUCAGCACCAGAACACUAUGUAAAUAAAGCUGACCUCUAAUCUUCAAUUUAAAUUCAGAUGGUAGAAUGAAGUAUUUCCAUAUGCUGAAAUCAUGUAAAAAUUAUACAUUGACCAUAGGGCUUUUGGGGUUCUUUUGCCUUAAAUCUAAGAAAUGUUUUUUCUCUCUUUGGUAGGGUGGGGAGUCAGUAUGAACCAUAUUCUUUUUUGAGAUUGAUGCUUUUGGUUUAGUUCACAGCCUGAGGGGCCCCUUCCACCAAAGACUUCAUAACAUUUAAAAGAUUUUAACCUUUAAUCCCAAGGUUGUCUCUCACAACUAUGAAUAUUGGGGAACAUAUUUUUCAAAAAUUAGCUGCCCUUUUAUAUUUAUAUUUUCUUGUUUUACUAGCCAUUAAAUUGACUUAAACAUUUUUGUUCAAUUAGGCAAAGAUUUUCAAAACAAUGCCUAAAGUUAGCCGCCUUAAUUAGAUGUGUAAAGUAGUCUGAAGUUCAAAAGCGACUUCAAUGGAUCAGCUUGGAUGCUGAGCACUUUUGAACAACAUUACUUUAGGCAUCCUCUUUACAAAUGUUGGCCCUAGUUCCUCAGCAUAUCUGUUUAAGAUUUGGAACUUGCUCUGGAUUAUUUGUUCAUUUGCGGAUACUUUUUAAACUUCCAACUGGAAUUGUUGAUUCUUUUGAAAAAAGAAGAUAGCGGGUUGUGAAAGAUUAUGGUUGUUAGUGCUUGUGUUUCCAACUUGAAGCACUCAAUUUUGAUAGAGGACCUUGGUUGUCCUUAAUUUGUACUGUACUUACCUUUGAUUUUUUUGAAAUUUGUCUGAAAAACUACACUGUAGCUAGGUUUUUUUGGUAAUCGGUGUGUUUAUGUAGGUUAUGGCAAUAAGUUUGUAUAAAAUAAUACUUGCCAUUGUGGUUGCAUCUUAUUUCCUUAUGAGCAACCUAGAUAACAGAAUAGUAGUUAAGAUCAUCAGACUUGUAACUCCUGAUUGUAUUAAAUUGAUGGAUACUUUAAUUAUAAACUAGUGUGACAAUUUAAUUUUAAAUAAAACACCCUUUAGUGAUUUUUUUUUUUAAAAGUUGAUUAUACCCUUGAGAGGAAACUACUGAAUUCUCACUAUCUCAGUAGAUUCUCUUCCCAUCUUUGAGCACAUCAUGAAUUAUAAACCUUAGCAAAAUAAGUGCUUCUGAUUUGUUUAAGGAUUCUGUAUUGGCUAGCAUAUAAUUAUGGAUAGUGUCAAAUUCAAACUGUCUCUAGCCCAUAUAGUUCUAAACAAAAUGUUCCUGCUGGUACAGUAUGUACUUAACCAUUCUCAUGAUUACAAACGUGAAUACUUAAAGCUUGUGUGUGCAACAUGCAGCUUACUACCAUGGGCAUUGUUUUCAAUGCUUCUCUGUUCUAGCUCCCAAACUCUAGGCUUUGGACCUGUCAAGCUGGCAUGCUUUGUUAGAUUUCUGGAGGUCCUAAUUAAUUAUAUAAAACAUUCUCAGCAGUUCAAUGUACCAGUUAAAAAGGGGAAUUGAAGUUGCUGUAGAGAAUGCUUAAAUGAAUAUUUUACAGUACUACAAUGCCUUAUCAGUUAGUGUCAAAUCAAAUAUAGUUUAGUAUUGACUAUUUAACAGUAUGCUUAAAAACCAUGUAAAACUAAGGAAUUGAUGUAUGUACAGUAACUUCCCUCUCAGUUGAUUUUAAAAUUUGAUUGGCUUGCCUACCUACUGAAAUUUUUUUGAGUGGGGUAAAUUUUUAAAUUUUCCUCAUUUCAGACUGGAGACAAAGCAACAACAAAAACUAAACAAAACAAAACUACUGGCAUCUUGAAAUAAUUUCUAAGAAUAUAAACAUUAUUUUCAUGACACUGCCUGAAAUUCUGAACCAUUUGUUUCCGCUUCUAGCCAAACAACGGUCUACAAUGAGAUCUUAACAUUGAAGUUGGUGCACCUCUCUUCACCUUCCUUUUAUGCUUUGACAGCAAAAUAGGGAAAAUAUUUUUUUAAAAGCAGCAGCUUAUCCAUGAUCUAUACAAGAAUUGUGAUAGUGAUUGGAAAACAAAUGGUGAAACAAUGACUGUUUCCAGUGGGGUGUUUAUAUAAAUAGUGGUUUUAAGUUAGAAUACUUUUCCCUUUUUAUUGUAUACAAUAAUUAUGAAAAUUUUCAUAAUUCAUUAGCUUAUAGGGGAAAUUACAGUUUGCCAUCUGGUUAUAGUGAAUUACGAUCACAAAACAUGAAUUUGAAGCACAUGGUUAUGAAUUCUAAUAUUACAGUACAAUAAAUUAGUGGAUAGUGUGGAAUUAACUCUGAUCUGUGAAUGUAUUAUUGUUUAAUAAUUUUUUAGACAUCUAGUAAGUGUUUUUAUGCCAAGUGACUGUAGUAAUAAACUGCUGAAAUUCAAUAUCUACCCCCAAAAUAGUUUUACAUGGGUACAGUCCAAAAGUAGCAGAAAACUUGAGUCCUGUCACAUGGCCUGAGACUUACAAAACUCUCACAUAACCAGUCCCACUGAAGUAGACUGCUCUUGUGAGUAGUUUUAUAGGAUUGAGUCUGAUCCCCUCAAUUCAGUAAAGAUGGCAAGAUCAGGAUUCAAUAUGGGUUUCUAGUUUUCCUUAUGUUUCAUUCCAAAGUGCUGUUAAUAUACUGCAUGCUUUCAGACCCUACCUUAAACCUUAGCUUUUGAAAGCCGUUUUCCUAAUCUGAUCUGUGCUGUUUCUGCCUGGAUACCUUUAUGAAGUUGUUACAGUUAGCAGAGAAAACAGGUCUUGCAGAAGUGAACAUUUCAAGAAGUUACCCUUCUCCCCCCCGCCCUUUUUUUUUAAAAUAUAUAUAUUAUAAUGUCUUAUGAAAAGGCCAACUGUUUCUGGUCUAGCAGUAAAUUGUCAGUAAAUGAUUUGUCAGUAAUCAAUGUAGCUCAAAUUCAAAGACCUGCUUUCUGAAGAUCUUGCUCGUAGAUUUAAAUAGUGGCAAAGCACUGAGUGUAUUUAAAAGAAUUUAAAUACAAAGAGGGGGGAAUAUUAAAUAGUUUGCACUUAUAUAAAGUGUGGAUAAUAUUGCCAAGUUCAAAAUAAUGAAUAGAUUAGUAUUGAAUGGCCAAAUCAUACUGAUCUGUCAUUUUAUAACUGAAUAAUAGUCUAAUGAUUCAUAGAUGCUUAUGUGCAUAAGAGGUGGUAAAACUAAACCAAUUAAGUACCAUGCAAAGAUGGACUGGAAAAGAGGAAAAAAAGCUGCAAAGGAGCAGAUUUAAGUAUGUUUCACAUUUGCAUGUACGUGUCUGAAGAGAGGAGGUGUAGGGAUAGUUUAGUUUCAUUUUGCAUCAAAAUGUUUGUUGCUCCUGCUGACUUUCACUUUUAAAAUACAGCUGGAUAUACUUAACUCUUAACUGAAUUUCAAUCCUUAAUAUGUUUCAUUUUGUACAGGGAUUGCAAUUUGCUUAAAAUCAUUAAUGUAUUAAAUGCAGUGCAUUUUGACCUAAAAA